UCUGUUUACGCUCGAUCAUUCUAAUCUCCAAGUAGGAACAAAUAGUAGUGAUAUAUGCUUUCUUCUUGCACGGUUGUUCAUUCGUGAUCCAUUUCUCUUUCUCUCGCCUAGCUUUUAAAAUAUAAUGUAUAUGUAUAUAUAUAUAUAUAUAUAUAUAUAUAUAUAUAUAUAUAUAUAUAAGUAAAGAAUAAAUUAUGUGUAUUUGAUAAUUUUUAUAUGAAUUUUAUUUGUUUAUAUUUGACAAUGUUGUCGAAAGUGUUUCGUUUCAUGACCUCGAUCAAAAUAUGUCAAAGGUUCGAUAUGUGCAAAGUUGCUUUAGUAGUACAAACGAAUCAGAAGUGUAACUUCAGUAAUAAACUGACUUAUGUAGUACCCACUAUGAUGGCUCUUUGGACUUUUCAAUCCACAAAAGACAAAGAGAAAGAGAAAGAGAAUAAUAACGAAGUAAAAAAAAUUGCUACGAAAGAAAGUUAUAUUAUAACGGCAGAUGUUUUGUUUGACCAAGGCUUAUACAAGCAAUUAUAUAAACAUUUAUCAAAUUACAAGCAUAAUGAGGACGUAGAGAUUCUAUGGCGUUUGAGUAGGGUUUUAUAUAAUUUGUCAAAGACAGCUAAUGAAUCAGAAGCAAAAGAAAUGAUUCUAGAAGCUUAUAAUUUUAUACAAACUGCAAUUAAUAUCAAAGAGGAUCAUUAUGCUGUACAAAAAUGGAUGUCAAUAUUACUUGAUAGUAAAAGUGCUAUGGAAGGCAUGAAGUCUAGGAUACAACAGUUAUACAGCAUUAAGAAGCAUAUGCUUAGGGCAAUAGAAUUAAAUCCAAAGGACCCUACUACUUUGUACAUGCUUGGCAGUUGGUGUUAUCAAGUAUCUGAUUUAGCAUGGUAUCAAAGAAAAAUUGCAUCAUUAGUAUUUGAAGAACCUCCGAAUUCAUCCUUUGAAGAGGCAUUAAUAUAUUUUGAAAAGGCAGAAGAAACAAGUCCUAAUUUUUAUAGUUAUAAUUUACUUAUGCUUGCAAAAACUUAUUUAAAAUUAGGUAGGAAAGAAGAUGCUCUCAGAUAUUUAAAAUUAACCACAGAAUAUCCGACUACAACCCACGAAGAUGUUCAAGCUAAGAAAGAAGCACAAGAAAUGUUGAAUGCUUUUUAAAGCUUCGUCAAAUAUUUUUCUUAAUAUUCAAGUGCACAAGUAUGCCUUCCUGUUCAGAUUGGAAUUACAAAGAUGAAGGUUGUAUAAAAAUUUCUAUGCACAAUAUCAAAAAUAUUUCUUCAUAGUUCAUAUUUAAUAUUUUAUUAUAUUUAAAGUAUAAAAUACGAAAAAGAAACAUUUACACAUUCAUAUAAAAGAAACACAUAGAUUGGAUUUAUUACAAUGUUGGUUUACAAUAUUGAUAUGUUGCUAUAUAUAUUAUAUAAGUUAGAUUUUUGAUAUGCAUUUAUUAAAAUAUUUUUUGUAAAGUCAUGUAUAAAAAAUAGUACAGGAAGUUAUUACAUUUUUAAUAACUUUUUUAAUUUUAAUACUGAAAGAGUAAAUCAUUAGAAAUGUUGAAAAAAAAGAAUUUUAUACAUGAAUUUACAUCGUUAUGUAUCUCUUUCUCUCACACACACAUGCACACAUAUUCUCUCUCUCUCUUUCAUUUUCUCAUGCUUAUAUUAACUAUUAACUAUUUUCAAUUAAAAUAAUUUAAUUAUAGAUUUUAUUUUAACGAUCUAAAUUUUCUUCUAAAUUAUUGUGAACAUCAGGUGGUUCGUUCACUGAUGGCUCUAUUCUUUCUUCCAUGAGAUUUUCUUCCAAGAAGAUUGGUUCCGGCUGAUCUUCUAGUGGAAUUGCUUCCAAUGGUGGUGGAUUUAUUUGCCCUUCAUCUUCUUCUUCAUUUCUUUGUUCAUAUCGAUUUACAACUUGUUGUGCUGCAAGUUGUAAAUAUCUCAUUUCUCGUCUUCUUCGUUCUAUACGUUCUUGUUCUUUUUGUUGGAAUUCCAUAUGUUGAAAGUAUCGUCUUCGUCGAUACUCUCGUCUUAUGGCAUCCGGUUCCCUUUCUUCUAGUCCGAUUGGUAGAUCAUUUUCGAUAGGUAUUUCAUCAUCAAUUUCAACAUAACUAGGGCCAACGUGAUGAAUCGGAUGUUCAAUCGGUACUGGGAAGUGCACAUGAUGUCUGUUGCAAGUGCAAGAAAUUGCCAUCCAAAUAUAAUUUGACGGUAGUUGUGGUAGUGUUAAUUGUAAAAUUUCUUCUGGAUAUUCAUCGUCGUUGUUUGGUAGAAGAAAAUAGUUUGCUGCCAUCAUUCCGUUCAUUUUUGAUAAUUGAUGUAUCUGUACAGAAAAAAGUUAUUUUUAUAUUUAAUUAUUUAUUUUAUAUUGGCCAAGAGAUAAAUUUAAUAAUAAUAUUAAUAAUAAUAAUAAUAGAAUAAUUCUGGAUGAGGAGAUGACUCAUUCUUAUAUGUUGUAAAUAUAGUCAGAUUUUCAAAUAUUUUUAAUAGUAGAACUGACAAUUAUUAAAAGACAAAAAAAAGAACUAUUAAACAAUACUGUUUGUUUGUUUUUAAUUAAGAAAUUAGAUAAGUUGUUUUUAAUGUAGAGAUUAAAUACUCGUUUUUAAAGACCUGGAACUAUCCUACUAAUAUUUAUUUUUGCAAUUAGAAUCAAAGUAUAAUCUAAAAAUUUCUUUUUGGAUAUUAAUUUGUUAUAUUUAUAAAAAAAAAAAAAAAAAAAAAAAAUGAGUCGAUCGUUAAUUCAUUACAUUAAAUAAAUUCACAUAUAUCACUCACAAUUUUCAAUUACUUAUUAAUUACAAUCACACAAGAUUUGCUUAUUUAUUAUUAUGGAAAAAAUUGGUAUAUUUCACUAUUAAAAAGAAUUCAAUCGUACUUACAUUUUUUCUUUUUUCACAGAAACUAUAUAGUGUACUAGUAUCGUAGUGUGUUAGACUGGAGUAUGGUAUUUGACAGAAGAAACCAAAGUUUGAAUCUGACACGAUGCGUCUCAGUUGAAAAUUUGAAAAUAACUGGUAAAUUGAAGAAAAUUUACCCAUUUAUAUAGUAGUUUUUCCCCACCACUGCAAUUCAUAAAUGAUUCUUUUUUCUUUAUUUCGCCUCUUCAGGUAUAGGUAUUUGCUGCAGGUAUACGUAUUUACGUAUGGUAUAUACCUGAUGUUUCUACUUAGAUUUAUUAGUUUAUUGAAUUUCUUGACGUUUUACAAUCACGGUGAAAGCUUCAAUAAAAUCAUAUAACAAUGUCUGUGUGUCAGAAAUACGCAGAGAAAUUUAGUAAUUGGUAAAUACAUCAACUAUAAAUGUAUGUACACAUAUAGUUUUACACUCAUACACACGCAGCAACACACAACACACGAGUAUAGUCUAUUUAUAAUAAAAAAUAAAUAAUAAUUUAUGCAACAUAUCUAAGAGUAAGAGAAAAAA